GAACGGGGAGUGACUUAACCUCCCCUAACAUGGGAGUGCGGCAGCUCCCCCCCGUUUGAUGUAUUUUUUACUUACCUCGUGUAGUUCUGUGGAAAAAACUUACCUCUCUUCCGAUUGGUCAAUUUUCAAUCCCAAGCCUUCUGAUUGGUCGAUUCAAAAAAGGGGCGUGGCUUCACAGGAAAAGCCGCGAAGACCGGCUAUAAAAGGACGAACCGGCGAACACUCUUCAUUCUUCGCCGGCAGCCGACGUGAGAGGAUCGUCUUGGAAAUGGCUGAAGAGAAUCCCGACGGCAGACUUCGCGACAUCCUUCGAUGGAUCCAGGCGGAGGCGGGACAUGAAGACAUCCAGACGCUCCUUCAGCAGUGCCAGCUCGCAUCAUCGACGACGACAGCGGUGACAUCACUUCCGACUGCAGAGCCUCCAGGAUCGCCGUCAGAGGAAGCUGCGUCAUCUUCAGGAGCCGCAUCUGACGUCGCCAUCCAGCGCACCCCAGCUUCACGCGGACCAGGAAAGAGGCGGAUCGUCGCCGUCAAGAGGAACACCAGAGGGAAACAAGCGGCGAAGAAGAGAACCCAGAUGACGUCAGCGGUCUCCGCCAAGAAGAGGAUCGUCGCUGACCCGCCGCAGACAGGAGUUUGGCCGUCGGCUUCCCCCCCUUCAUCGCGAGUGAGUUCCGCCGCUGUUGCAAGUGGUGGGCCGCUCCAUCAAAAGAGCUUUAACACUUCAGGGCCCUUUCCUUCCACAGGGUCCGGGGGAGGUCCGGCAGCUGGCAGCUCCUAUGAGGGGCACCAGGUCAGCAGGGGCCCCCAAAGCCGCCCAGAACCGGGGCCCUCCAGCUGUAACACUAUAGGGCACCCGGUUCUGCCACCUGCCAUCAGGGGUCAUACAUCACCAUCUGUCACCCACAGCGCACCCCAGCCUGCUGGUUUUACCCCUCAGGAGGAGAGUCAACCCAUCCAAGUGAUUGUUCAACGAGCUCUGGGAAAUCGCCAAUUAUUUGGACAAAGAAGGAACACCAUGCCCCCAACAUCUGUGGAAUUUAGUAUUGCCAGAAUUUCAAAAUGGUUAAGUAUGUCAUUGGCAGACAAAACCUGGCAUGCUUACAUCGCAAGCUGGAAUGAGUGGAUGAAGUUCAAAACAAGUUUUCCUAAAGAGCAUUAUCAAAGGGACAGUGACGUCUUAUUGUCUUUUGUACUGGAGCAAGUUGAGGCUCAGUACUCUCUUUCAGCUAUAACUAAAAAAUUAGCAGGCAUAUCUUUCUUUUUAAAGGUUCAAGGUGAGGCUGACAUAACUAAAUCCUUUUUGGUUAAACAAAUUCUUCGGGUGUUGGUAGGAUUACACGAUCUGUAG